GCUCAUUUCACUGAGGUACUGUUUACUGUCGUCUGCUCUGCAAGGUUUCUCUCACCUCAUCACACUACGCUCCUUCAACUUCGUGAUUGACACUACAGUCUCUACUGUCCAUAAUUGUUCUUUCUCACGCCAUACUAAAGACCAAUCUCGCUACAAACAUGCACGCCAUGCGCACCAUUGCCUUGUUCGCAGUUUCUGCAAUCGCUGCUUUUCAGACUGGCCUGGAGGGGUAUAUCGUGGAGCUCACCCCGCUCGAAGCAGUGGCUGCUCGUGAUGAAGGCUGUAGCAAGUUACCCAAGCUCUGCACAGAUACGGUGCUGCUCCACAGUGGCCAGACGAUUCUCACCUAUCUGUGCCCCGAGACUCAGGGCCCGACUACCACUGUCACUAUCACCUCAACUACUACUCGUACGGUGACUGGCAGCGCCACCCAUGCGCCAUCUUCUAGUCAGACCGGGCUUCAUGUCUCUGCUUGCGAUGAACUUACCACGACUACGACAAUCCAGUCAACGACGCAAGUCACGGUUACAGAGAAGGUCGUCAGAGCUAGCACCGCUACCACCCCUUCAAUCCUCCCGCCACCGGCUAUCAUCACUGCUACCUUUACAGCAAUCCCGCUCUCUGAGCUUAAACCACCUUUCCCCAUCAAGCCAACGUGGUCUGAGUUCAAGAAUGCUUCUACCACGAGUUCUCCAACAGCUACCGGGGCGAGGGCACCUCCAGUCUUCAACUUGACCUCACCCGUCUUCAACUUCACCUCUUUCGACUUGGUUCCCACGCACGCACCCACUAACUUGUCUUCGAAUGUCUACAUCUCCUCAACUUCCCUUGCUGUUUCGGCCGCCUGCUAUCCACAUUCAGCCAUUAACAGCACCUCAUCUGGUAUUGGAUAUAAAUUUCCUAGUUUGAAUGUCAUCAGGCAGGCCGAGUCUACUACGACUGUCACCACCACUGCCUCUGGCAUCAUGACGAUUGAGACAGGCAUAGCUGAUGAGAAUGGCGUUUCUUUCGUUGCGCUAUUCCUGGGUAUGGUGGCUACUGCUCUCAUGUUCUGA